AUGGUCGCAGUCUUUUUGCAGCACAUCGAGUACUACCGCGACAUCUCAUUCCUCACCACAGACAGAGUCAAGGUCUUCGAUCCCGCCUUCCUGUCCCGGAUUCACGUCGCUCUCCGGUUCCACGAACUGAGCAAAGAAGCGAAGCUCAAGAUCUGGCAGGCUUUCCUCCAGAAGGUCCAUGUUCGCAACCUCACCUCCGACGAGCUAGACAAUCUCGUCGGUCGAGAGGUUAAUGGACGUCAGAAUGCUACCAGGACCGCGAUCUCGCUGGCGACAAGUCGUAGGGAGCAACUUGGAUAUAUCCACCUUGCAGAGACCCUUGAUGCGAUGGAAGAGUUCGCGAGCGACUUCGCAGUCUUGUUGUAA